AUGCACCUGUUGAACGAAGUGUCUGUACGCAUAAGGGCGUUUUCAGAGCAGCUUUCUCGGCAUCAAAUUGUGUUUGAGGAAGCUCUGGAAGGGUUAAAGCAAUUUCAGACUCUUAACGAGCAAACAAAACAAGAAGCUAAGGGGUUGAAGGAAGAGGUAGCCGGUUUGGCAGAGAGAAACCAAAGUUUGGUUAAAGAUUUUAGUCAAGCCCUCAGUGGGGUUAGCCGCUGUGAAGCUCCUGAUGUUGGAGAAAGAUGCCUGAAUUGCCACCUUGAGCGACUCACAACUUAUGAUGGAACAGAAUAUAGCAAGUUGAUAGACGGGAGUAGAUCAAAAGGCUGA